AGCUGUGACAUCAGAGCGACGCGGGGGUCAGAAGCCCUCUCUUACAGCCAUCUUGGAUCCUGUGCCCUGAACAACCCAGAAUGCCAGGCGAAGCCACAGAAACUGUCCCUGUUACAGAGCAGGAAAUGCAUCAGCCCCAGGCUGAGACGGCCACACCUGCUGCUGCGGCUCCUGCUCCCUCUCAGGCAAAGCCUAAAGAGGGCAAAACUAACCCCAAGCUGUCCUCUUCUCCUCACACCACUGCUCCUAAGCCAGUUCCUGCUGGACGCAGGAAACGCUCCUCUCUAUCUGCCUCCUCAAGCUCCCCUACCUCUCCUAAAUCUGCCUCUGCCCCCCGUGCUACCCCACCAUGCUCCCCUUUGGCCUCUCCUCCAGCUGACUGUCCUGUUGCUGGGAAAACUGAGCAGACUGCUCCCAAGGUGGUAAAGGCUGGCAAACAAGGGAAGCAACAGAAGGCAAAGAAUUUUAAACCUGUUGAACCUGAGCAAGCACCUCUCUCUGCCUCUAAGCCUGCUCAGGAGCCUGCACCAGUUGCAGCACUGCCAUCUCUUGCUAUACCAAAACCAGAGGUAGCAAAAUCAGCAGGAGAUGGAAAUGCUUCCCCUGUCUCUCCCAAAGUUGCUGUGGCUCCUGUUGCCUUUAAAGUAACUUCUAAAUCUGCUGCCCCAGCACCAAAGUCAUUUACAGAAGCUGUUGCCACCAGUCCACCCAAAGUGCCUGAAGCCCCCAAGUUUGCCCCUGAAGCUCCAAAAUUAGCAACCCCUGCUGUUUCAGAAGCCAAGACUCCUUUGCCUUCAAAAGCAGCUGCUAAGCCUAACGCUGCCCAAGUACCAAAUGUGAACCCUCCCACUGCUGCUCCCACAAAACCUGCUCCUGCAGCAUUUGAGGAUGAUGAUCUGCCACCUCUCUUACCACCUGAGAAUCAUUUUACAAUGGCUGAUUUUCCCCCUAUGCCUCCUAGUACAAUUCCCGUAGUUACCCCACCUGCUCCUAAAGCAGAACCGGUCUCUACCAGUAAAGUUGAAUCUGCCCCUAAAGCAAAGGCUGCUCCCAAAGCUAAGCCAGCUCCUAAGGCUGAACAGAAAGCAGCACCUGCUCCAAAAGUUCAGGCUGCUCCUAAAAUUGACCCGACUCCUGCUCCUAAAGUUGCAGUCACUUCUGUCCCUAAGACUGAGGCUGCUCCUACAACUAAAGCUCAGGCUGUCCCUAAGGUUGAGGCUGCUCCUGGACCUAAAGAAAAGUCUUCCCCUAGCCCUAAAGCUGAGCCUGUUCCUGCCCCUAAAGUUGAGGCUUCUCCUGCCCCUAAAGUUAAGCCUGUUGCUGCUACCAAAGCUGAUGCUGCUUCUGCACCUAAAGUUAAGUCUGCUCCUAGCCCUAAAGCUGAGCCUGUUCCUGCCCCUAAGGUGGAUUGUCUCCCUAAAGCUGACUCUGCUCCUACCUCCAAAAUUGAGGCUGCUCCUGUCGUUAAAGUUAAGCCUGUUGUUGCUCCUAAAGCUGAGGUGGCGGCUGCUAAAGUUGAGGCUGUUCCUGCCCUUAAAAUUGAGCCUGAGCCUGCCCCUAAAGCUAAGCCUGCUCCUGCCCCUAAAGCUGAGUCUGCCCCUGCUUCUAAAGCUGAUGCUGCUUCUGCACCUAAAGUUAAGUCUGCUCCUAGCCCUAAAGCUGAGCCUGUUCCUGCCCCUAAGGUGGAUUGUCUCCCUAAAGCUGACUCUGCUCCUACCUCCAAAAUUGAGGCUGCUCCUGUCGUUAAAGUUAAGCCUGUUGUUGCUCCUAAAGCUGAGGUGGCGGCUGCUAAAGUUGAGGCUGUUCCUGCCCUUAAAAUUGAGCCUGAGCCUGCCCCUAAAGCUAAGCCUGCUCCUGCCCCUAAAGCUGAGUCUGCCCCUGCUUCUAAAGCUGAUGCUGCUUCUGCACCUAGAGUUAAGUCUGCUCCUAGCCCGAAAGCUGAGCUUGUUCCUGCCCCUAAGGUUGAGGCUCCCCCUAAAGCUGACUCUGCUCCUACCCCUAAAGUUGAGGCUGCUCCUGCCGCUAUAGUUAAGCCUGUUGCUGCUCCUAAAGCUGAGGUGGCGGCUGCUAAUGUUGAGGCUGUUCCUGCCCCUAAAGUUGAGUCUGAGCCUGCCCCUAAAGUUAAGCCUGCUCCUGCAACUAAAGGCAAGCCUAGCCCUAAAGCUGAGGCUGCUGCUCCUAAAGCUGAGGCUGCCCCUAAAGUUAAGCCUGCCCCUAAAGGCAAGCCUAGCCCUAAAGCUGAGGCUGCUGCUCCUAAAGCGGAGGCUGCCCCUAAAGUUAAGUCUGCUCCGGCCCCUAAAGUUGAGGCUUCUGCCCCUAAAGUUGAGGCUGCCCCUACCCCUAAAGCUGAAUCUGUCCUUGUCACUAAAGUUGAUUCAGCCCCUGUUCCCAAACAAGUUAAAGCCCCAUCCAUACUGGAGCCACUCAUCAAGAACGACAAGGGGUCUGGCACUGAAUCUGACAGUGAUGAAUCUGUUCCUGAACUGGAGGACCAGGACUCUGCACAGACACACACACAGCAGGCACAGCUUGCAGCUGCAGCUGAAAUCGACGAGGAGCCAGUCAGCAAAGCAAAACAAAGCAGGAGUGAGAAGAAAGCCAGGAAGGCCAUGUCCAAAUUGGGGUUGAGACAAGUUGCUGGUGUUACCAGAGUAACCAUUCGCAAGUCCAAGAACAUUCUCUUUGUCAUCACCAAACCAGAUGUCUACAAAAGUCCAGCUUCAGAUACUUACAUUGUCUUUGGUGAGGCCAAGAUUGAAGAUCUGUCCCAGCAAGCUCAGUUAGCAGCCGCAGAGAAGUUCAAGGUACAAGGAGAAGCCGUUUCAAACAUCCAGGAAAACACACAGACGCCCACAGUACAGGAGGAGAGCGAAGAGGAAGAGGUUGAUGAGACAGGAGUGGAGGUCAAGGACAUUGAGCUGGUCAUGUCUCAGGCCAAUGUAUCCAGGGCAAAGGCUGUGCGUGCACUGAAGAAUAACAAUAAUGACAUUGUCAAUGCUAUUAUGGAAUUGACGAUGUAGAUGGAGAUCAGGGACUGGGUCACAUUAAGAUGUUGCUGAUUUGAUCUACACUAUUGUUUGUACAAUUUAUACCCAAGAGAAAUAAAUGCGUGGCUUGAUGAAAUGAU